AUGGCGGUGGCACCUGCUGCCGCUAUGCUUGAGAGUGCAUCAUGGACGUUUAGCAAUGGCGUGAUCGCCGGAUUGCUUCCGGUUCACGUCCUGAUGCUAGUGAUCCUGGGGGCCGGUUUGGCCAUGCUGUGGCGCCUUCACCGGGCGCGGGAGGUGUACCUCGUGGACUAUGGCUGCUUCCUGGGCGAGCCACGGCACAGGGUCCCGUUCGCGACGGCCCUGGAGCAUGGACGCCUGAUGAACAAACUCAUCGACGAGGAGAGCCUGAGCUUCAUGGUCCGGCUGCACCAGAAGUCCGCGAUCGGCGAGGAGACGAGCGUACCGGACUCGUUCUGCUGCAUCCCGCCCGACCGCAGCAUCGAGGCGUCCCGGCAGGAAGCCGAGCUGGUGAUCUUCUCCGCCGUCGACAAGGCGUUGGACAGGAGCAAGCUGAACCCCGAGGACAUCGACGCGGUCAUCGUCGCGUGCAGCUUCACCACGGUGACGCCGGUGUUCGCCGACGUCGUGGUGAACAGGUACAAGCUCCGCGACGACGUGCAGAGCGUGAACCUAUCCGGGAUGGGGUGCAGCGGCGCGCUCAUAGCUAUCGGCCUCGCCAGGAACCUCUUGCGGGUGGCGCCGCCGGGGAGGCACGUCCUGGUCAUAGCCACGGAGAUCCUCUCGUCCAUGCUCUACACCGGAACCAAACGGGAGAUGCUGGUGCCCAAUGUGCUGUUCCGCAUGGGCGCGGCCGCCAUGAUCAUGACCAACUCGCCCGAGCGCGCCCGUUUCAGGCUCGGCCCCAUCGUGCGCACGCUGACCGCCGCGCGGGACAGUGACUACCGGUGCGCGUUCCAGGAGGAAGACGACGAGGGGAUCACGGGCAUCAAGCUCUCCAAGGACCUUCCCGUCGUCGCCGCGAACGCGCUCAAGGGCCACAUCACGGCGUUCGGCCCCGCCGUGCUGCCUGUCUCCGAGCUCCUCCGGGUAGCGCUCUCCAUCGUCAGAAACAGGCUCUUUAGUGCAGGGACAAAGGAGGGGCGCCGCUACUACCGCCCGUCCUUCGGCAAGGUGUUCCAGCACUUCUGUAUCCACCCGGGCGGGCGCAGGGUGCUGUACGAGGUGCAGCGGGGGCUAGGCCUCUCGGACCGCGACAUGGAGGCGUCGCACAUGACGCUGCACCGCUUCGGGAACAUGGCCAGCAGCUCCCUGCUGUACGAGCUCGACUACAUCGAGGCCAAGCGCUGGAUGAAGAAGGGUGACCGACUGUGCAUGAUCUCCUUCAGCCCGGGUAUAGACUGCAGCAGCGUCGUGUGGGAGUGCGUCAAGCCCACGGCGGACACCGGCAGCGGACCCUGGCCUGGGCCGGAUGCAUCCACCGCUACCCUGUGCCGCUUCCCAAAAUUGUUGAAAGGGCAUAAGCAGUCGUGUUCAGUUACAGAGCUUCAUCGACCUGAGUUGCGUCGUCCAACUAGCUACCACGUACUAUCCGGUAUCCCCUGA